AUGGAUACACCAGAGUUGGUAAUACAGAGAGCACUAGCACGCCAGACACCUAUUAGGAAGGCUGCGGCACCUGGUAAUUCGACAAUCCAGAAGUUCUACGCAGGCAGAACUAUUUUCGUUACUGGGGGCUCCGGGUUUCUUGGAAAACUAUUUAUCGAAAAGAUAUGCAGAACAUGCGACAUUAAAAACAUUUAUAUGCUCAUUCGUCCAAAGAAAAAUGUAAAUGCGCAAGACAGGCUAUUAGAAAUUUUAAAAGAUCCAGCAUUCCAGUCUUUGCAUGAGGAGCUGCCUAAUUUCCCGAAAAAGAUAAUAACUGUGGAAGGAGACAUCACCGUGAAGAGACUGGGCCUUAGCGAUAAUGAUUGGAAUACGAUUGUGAAUGAGGUUGACAUGAUAUUUCACAUUGCGGCGAACGUUAGAUUCGACGUCGAGUUGAAGGAAGCGAUCAUCUCCAACGUGGGAGGUACACGAGAGAUGCUAACAUUGGGCAAGGCUUGCACAAAUCUCCGGGCUUAUGUACACGUAUCUACUGCAUACACGUUCGCAACCAAAGAUAGGUUCGGCGGACUUAUUCUGGAGGAGUUUCAAACUAGUCCAGCGGACCCGGAUGCCAUUCUAGAGAUGGCUGAGGCAUUUUCAUCGGAAAAACUUAACCAAUUAACUCCUGCAUUGGUAAAGGGAUGGCCGAAUACGUACACGUUUUCGAAAGCGAUAGCCGAAGAAGCCGUCCGUACGCUCUCCGAAGACUUACCCAUAUGUGUGGUGAGACCAGCAAUAGUGGUUCCUACUUACGUGGAGCCGGCACCAGGCUGGGUUGACAUUAGUAACGUUUAUGGACCCAGUGGUAUGAUAUUAGGUUUGGGAAUGGGUGUAAUAAAAACACUAUUUGCAAACAAAAAAGUGAGGAUUUGCUUCACGCCCGCUGAUUUGGUUACUAAUGCCAUUAUAGCAGCUGGUUGGGAAACUGGUAAUAAACCAACGACGGAGGAAAAGAAAAUUGAGAUAUAUACAGUCAGCAACAUGAGGAAACCAGUUACAUGGGGAAAUAUUGGUGCUAUAAUGAGAACACACAGAUAUACUCUGGCAACGCCAAAAGCUCUAUGGUAUUGCGAAUCAACGGAAACGAAUAGGCCAUUUAUGUUUUGGCUGCUAACUUUGCUGUUUCACUUUGUUCCUGCAUACCUAGUCGAUGGUUUAUGUUCAUUAUUAGGAAAGGAGAGAAGGUUCGUUAAAUUGUACAAAAAGAUGUACAAACUGACCGCGGUACUAAGUUAUUUUACUCUUCACGAUUGGCAAUUCAGCGACGACAAUACCCAUAGAUUGUACAAGCGGAUGUCGAAAGCAGACCAGGUCAUAUUUAAUUUUGACAUCGCGACAGUGGACUGGAUAGAAGUUAUGAAAGUAUGGUGGAUUGGUUUGAGGAAAUAUAUUAUCAAAGACGAACUGAAAGAUACGAGAUAUGGGAACACGAAGCAGAAGAUAUUAUGUGUAGCUAAUUACACUAUCCUUGCAUUAUAUUUGUAUGUGAUCGGAAGAAUUGUAUUUUUAGCGUUUCUAGGCAUACGCACCAUUUUGGGAAUACUUUUCAAAACGACAGGAAUU